AUGGGACUUGGUGAUACUAUCACCAAGGACAACAAUGAGAAUGAAAAAAAUAGAUACAGGGCUAUAAGCUUUAUACGCCAUCAUCUCAUUGAAAGUCUGAAAGAUCAGUACAUGACAAUUGAAAAUCCACUAGACCUUUGGAAUGCUUUACAGCAUAGAUAUGAUCACCAGAAAACGGUGUUACUCCCAAAGGCUAGGAAUGACUGGAUGAAUCUCAGAUUCUUAGAUUUCAAGUCAAUGGAUGAGUAUAAUUCAGCCUUGUUCAAAACAGUUUCGAUACUAAGGCUUUGUGGUGAAGAAGUAACCGAAGAGGAGUUGCUUGAAAAGACCUACACUACGUUCCAUCAGUCGAACAUGAUACUGCAACAGCAGUACAGAGUGAAAGGUUUCGCCACAUAUACUGAUCUGAUCUCGUUCCUGCUCUUGGCCGAGGCAAACAAUAAGCUUCUGAUGAAGAACAGUGAAGCCAGACCUGUUGGAACAGCAGCAUUGCCCGAAGCCCAUGAGGUUGAAAAGAAAGAUCCCAAAGAGUGCAACUACGCCCAAGAUAAUAGAAGAUCACACGACAAUGGCCGUGGUGGAUACAAGAGGCGGGGCCGUGACAACUACUCAAACGGCCGAGACAACUACUCGACCGGCCAAAAAGGAAACCACAAUAACCGUGGUCGUGGUUCCAAUUACGGCCGUGGCCGAGAGAGUCUCAAGAACAAGAACCCGGAGGCUCACAUGGUUCACAAUUCUGGAUAUGAUGCUGAUAAUGAAUCCGACUUUGCUAAUGAUGACCUAAUGGAUUUUGAGACUUCUGAUUGUCUCAAAGACUAG